AUGUCGGGUCGUCUUCUGAACAAAGUAGCAGUCAUUACUGGAUCUUCUUCGGGUCUUGGUCGAGCUAUAUCACUGCGCUAUGCUCGAGAGGGUGCCAAGGUGGGGGGGGAAGCCAUAUUCGCCAAGACCGAUGUUGGUAUCGCUGGUGAGGUGGAGGCACUUGUUAAAACCGCGGCGAAGGAGUAUGGAAGACUUGACAUACUGGUGAAUAAUGCUGGAGUUGGCCUGGAGGCUCUCCGCCCUCUGGUGAUGUGCCACCAGACUGACGAAGAUCUGUGGGACACAACCAUGAGAAUUAAUUCGAAAUCCGUCUUUUUGGGUUGCAAAUAUGCAAUCGCACAGAUGCUGACACAAGCUCCCCACCCAAGUGGAGAUAGAGGUUGGAUAAUCAAUAUUUCAUCCAUCAUGGCAAUGAUUGGAGGCUCUCACAAUCCGUCUUAUUGUGCUUCUAAAGGGGCUGUUAGCAGUCUGACAAGACAGGUUGCCCUUGAUUAUGCACCUGACAAAAUCCACGUCAAUGCUAUUUGUCCUGGAUAUACAAGAACUGCCAUUUUCAAAGAUACAACGGAGGCUGGAAUGCCCGUGGAAGAACUGGAGCGGAAGCAUCCUCUAAACGGUCCUGGAAAACCAGAAGACAUCGCAAAGAUGGCCGUUGUUCUUGCCAGUGAUGAUGCGUCAUGGGUUACUGGAGUCUCCUGGCCUGUGGACGGAGGAUAUACUGCACGAUGA